AUGGUAAUCGAUGCAGAAAGUUUUUAUGGAAAAAGAAAAAACAACAACCAAAUUUCACUAUAUUUAAAUGUUGAAAAAUAUGCUAUAUUAAAAAAAAUAAAAAAAUUUAAUGACAACGAUACAUCCAAUCCUAUAAAAAAAAAAAUUUUUUACAAACAACAUGAUGCAUUAAACUAUUAUGAAAAGGUUACAGAAAAUGAGGACAAUGAACAUGAUGACAUAGUAAGCCAACUUCCUGAUCAUACAAAUAGCAAUCUAUCUAUUUAUAAAAAAAAAAAUAUUAUUCUAUAUACUGAAGAACUUGAAAAUGCAAAAAGAUGUUUUAUAAUAGACAAUUUUUAUGAGUUUCUAAAAUUUUACAGUUUUUAUACAUUAUCAUUAAGGGAAAUUUACUAUACAGAUAUAAAUAACCAAAUUGAUAAUUCCUCUACAAGUACCAAUGUUGAGGAUGAAGAAGAUAAAGAUAUGAAUUUAUAUGAAUUAAUAAUAAGUAAUGAAAAGAGAUGGCUUUAUUUUGAUAUAGAAUAUGAUAAUAUUGGAGAAUAUAAAAAUAAAGAUAUUGUAUUGUUUAUUUUUUUAAUUGAAUUAUGUUUAUUUAUUUACAAUUAUUUUAAUAUAAAAAUAUGUUUAAAUGACAUUUUAAUAUUAGAUAGUUCAACAAAUGAUAAAAUUUCAUUUCAUAUAAUUGUAAAAAAUAUUCAUGUUUUAAAUUGGGAUUAUAAUGAAUAUCUGAUUAAUUACGCUCGUUUUUUUUUAAAUAAAAUUAAUGAAAACCCAGAUAGCUUUUAUGAAGACUUUAAGAAUGAACAAUAUAAAAAAAAGGAAAAACAAACAAAUGAUGAUACAACUAAAAAUGUUUAUCUUCUUUUUGACAAUGAAAAUUCAAUGAAAUAUUUUGUUGACUUAUUCAUAAAUUAUAUACAUCAAACUAUAGCAGAAUGUGGACAUAUAUACAGCAUUAAUUUGCUAACACUUUUUAUAAGCAAAAAUAAAUAUACAAUCGAUGAUCCGGGAAAAGUAAAAUCACCUAAUUUUGACGGUAGAAUUGAAGAUAUUAAUUCUAUUGAUGAUUUUAGCGAAAUAAGUGAUGUGAUAUUUGCUAUCCAACAUGGUAAAUCCUUAACAAAAAAUAAUACACAAGUUGAAAAUUCGGAAGAAGAAAAAAUAAAUAAUGAACAUAAUCAGGUAAAAAAAGAAUUACAUCAAUAUUUUUCAUUAUAUAGUGAUAGUAUAGAAGAUGUAGUAAACUAUUAUAUAAAUGAUCUAAGUGAUAAUAUGUGUAAUAAUCAAAAAAAAAAAUAUAUUAUUUUAUUAUAUGCACAAAAAAAAAAUGAAAAUAUAGAAAACUCUAAAAAGGAAAAAAAUGAUAUAUAUAAUGAUGAGACAAGUAAUGGUGAAAAUUCUGAUGUACAUAAUCAAAAUGAAAAUAUUAUUAACAAUUGUGAUGAUCUAAAUAUGCCACUUGAAACUGAAAAAAAUAAUUGGUUUGCACAUCUAGAUAAUCAUGAGAAUGAAUUAAAUUUUAAUCAUAUAGAUGAAACUGAUGAAGGAAAUAAUAUUUUAUUAAAAUGUAUAAUUGAUAAUUCAGUAUAUAGUAAAAAUCGUAAUUUUAGAAUGAUAUUUUCGAGCAAAAAAAAUAAAAAAAAUAAAUUAUUUUUAAGUAAAUUUAAUGUGAAGCCUUACGAAAAAAAGGACAUAAAUAAAUUGAUACUAAAAUCACUAGUAACAUUUUAUAAACAAAAUGAUAUAUAUAAUAAAAUAAGUGAAAAAAAUAUAUUUAAAUAUGAACAUACAGAAAAAGAAUAUGGAAAUAAUAUAUACAAACUAAAUGAUAUUGCACAAAAAAAUUUACAUCUCUUAAUAGACAAGAACUUACAUAUGAAUGACUCAAUUGGAAUUCAAAUAAAAAAUACAAAUUUGACAAAACGAAAACAACUAAAAAAUCCGAAUGCUCAUAAAAUUAUUAACCUAAAUAGUGUAAAGGAUAAUAACCAUGUUAAUAAUAUUUUAAAAAUUAUAUUUUUUUGGAAUUUUAAUUUGUAUAAAAACUUUAAAAAAAAUAAAAUAUACACAACGAAAUUUAGAUCCGAAAUAACCAAAGACUAUUUUUAUAAAAUUGUUCAUAUAUAUAAUAACAUCGACUAUGAUUCAUUUAAAUUGGAACCCGAAGUUCCAGAUCCAACAAUCAACCAACCUGAUAAAAACGAUGGAAAUAAUAAUACCCUCAUAGAUAGACAUGGGGUUAAUGACAAUUAUGAAUAUACCUAUGAAACCCAGACAGCAAAAAAUGCUUAUAUUCACAAUGUAGAUAAAAUAAAAGAAUAUGAUGAAAAGACAACCAAAAAUAAUUUAAGCCAAAAAAUAAAUCAACAAAAUAUUAAUAUAAACAAAUUUAAUGAUUUAUUUUUUUUAAAAAAUGAAAAUUUUUUUACAUAUUUAUUAGAUCAAUAUACAAAUUCUUUAAAUAAACAAAAUAGUGAUAAUGUAUAUUUAUUAAUCCAAUAUUUUAUAAGUUCAAUCUCAUAUAAUGAUGAAGAAUAUAUACUAAAUUUUAAGGAUAAUAAAUAUUGUAAAAAUAUUGAUAGAUCUCAUAAAUCUAAUCAUAUUUACAUAAUUUAUAAUUAUAAUAAAAAUAUAUUUGUUCAAAAAUGUUACGACAGCGAAUGCUCGCAUUUCGUUUCGGAUAUAUAUCACUUUUAA